AUGAAGAUGAUACUCUUCCGUAAAUUCCGGGUUUUGAUUCUCAUGGUGUUUCUAAUCGCCUGCUCGAUGCACAUCAUGAUAGACUUGUUACCAAAGCUGGAGAGGCGCAGCAACAGCGGCUGCUCCUGCUCGCACACGCCGAGCGAGGACCCUCAGAACUGGGCUAAACACCGAGCCAGGUCGGGAGCAGAGUCGGGCUGGCCUAACAAACACACUCUGAGAAUCCUCCAGGACUUCAGCAAUGAGCCAAACUCUAACAUCUCUUCCCAUUCUCUGGAGAAGAACCCCAAAGCGGGAAACAAAACGGAAGCCUUUAAACAGGUUGAACAUUAUGCACAAAAUGGUGACAAAAAGAGACGGUUCAUUCAAGACGCUGUGGUCACCAAAAACAUACCUGUCAAGGGUUCAAGGUUGCUGGCUCUAUUUGACCACCCGUUAUUCAAGAGAGCCUUACCGUCUCUGACCGACGAAGACACCUUGUUCAACGUCAACACAGACAUCAGAUUUGACCCCAAUGCCGCCACAGAGAAUCAGGAAUGGUAACAUAUAUUUUUAUAUAUUGAUAGACCAUCACCACAAUCGAAAAGUGAUUAUUAGCCUCUCCGAAUUCAAUUCAAGACAAUAACAUAAAUGAAACAAACAAUUCACCUAGGAUAUUAUGUGUAAAUUACCAAUUUAAUCUUGUUAUUACACAUUAAUAAAGGUGUUAUUACACAAAUGGUUAUAGGCUACCUAACCAUAUUAUCAAAUGUCCCUCUUGCAAAUUCAAGUCCCUUUGCAAAACAUGUCGCCUCUUAACACACAAAACACUAAAAAAGCUGAAACACUAAAAAGGAGGGCGGUCCAGGGGCUACAGAAAAAGCAUACUCAUGUCAUUCUCCCCAUUGAAAUAACACUGAUCACCUCUCCCUCCUCCCUCCCCUCUUCCCCCCAGGCACGCUGAAGGGAACAUGGAGGAGUAUACUCCAACAGGAGGAGAGCUGACGGCUGACUCCUACCCCAACUGGCUCCGUUUCCACAUAGGGAUUAAUCGAUAUGAGCUCUACUCCAGACAUUACCUAGUCAUCGAUGCCCUGCUCAGGGACCUGGUCUCACAGAGAAUCACCAGCGUCGGUAAGUCAGAGAAGAGGAGAGAAGGCAGCUUCUCUAUAGCUUUGUCUCAGAUCUGUUUGUGCUUUAUUGAGCCAACCCUUAUGUCAUAUAGCAGAGGUAGGCAACCCUGGUCCUGGAGUGCCGCAGGCACUUCAUGUUUUUGGUUUAACCAACCUGGAAGUCCAGGUGUGUUGAAUUUAGGCAUAGCCGCGGGAAGUAGGGGUGCUGAGGUUGCUGCAGCACUCCCUGAAAAAUCUGAAUAAAAAAAUAUUAUAUAUAUAUUUUUUUUAAUGCACCACACCCACCCCCAAACAGCUUCCCGUGACUAUGAAUUUAGGCAAUCACUGAACUGAUAAAUUAUCUCAGUUGGUCAGGUGUGAUGCCUACAGUGUAGUUCGAACAAAAUCCUGCAGUACCUGCGGCACUCCAGGAACAGGGUUGCCUACCCCUGUCAUUGAGGUUGAGGAACUAGCCUGGUUCCAGAUCUGUAUGUGGAUUGUGUAGCCAACUCCUCUGACUAUCAUUGUCACAGAGGACUUGGCAAAGGCACAUACAGAUUUGGGACUGGCUAGUUUCUCCUCUGUAUGGCACAACAACAAUAGUCAGAGUAGUUAGCUAAACUAAGCACAUAAGGGUCUUUCUAUGAACUAGGGUACCGGUGAGGAUUUCCCACACUGGACAACUUGAUAAGUCAUUGAUAAUAAUCUGCAAAAAAAAUUUCAUGUCAUUACAUUAAGAUAUAAGGGGGGGAUCAUAGCUAUAUUCCCCAAUCCAAUUCACAAGUUGAUUUAAAACCUAUGUUUAAUCCUUUAUCGUGGUUGGUGUCUUGAUGGAUUUUUCCAAAAUUGUGUGACAUAAAACAUUACUUUUGUCCUUGCAUUUAUGGCAGUGUAAAUUGUCAUUAUAACAUAUACAGUAUUAAGCAUUAAUCAGUUAAAUUAGACAUUGAACGCUGUAAGAAUCCUGGAUCUUGCUGUCGGUCAGUUUUUUGUAUAGAGAUCUCAGAAAUGCAGUGUAACUACAAAACAUUUUGUGUCUUCUUAUGUUACGGGGUGAAAACUGUUUUCAUGGGCACACAAAUCCAAAAUAAUAAAUGCGAUUGCAAAAUCGAAAGCUCCCAACCAAAAGAGUCACCUUACCUUGAUACUUAAAACCUAAAUUGAUACUGUCAUUAACGUGGUUCUUCAAUAAUUAUGACUAAUACUUGUUGGAUGCGCAUUUGGUGUCCAGCUGAUUAGUUACGCUGUGAUAUUUUCACACCUCAUCAUCUGAUCUAGGAAGUAAUUUUCCGAAUGACAGUCAAGUGACAAACAGCUGUUGUGAUAGCGCAUGUGAUGCAACAACAGCCCAAGUGCUGGAAAAAAAGUGGUUUCGAGGAAUGUCCAGAAUAUUUUGGUGUCUCAUUCGUUACGCCGGUGAAGACAGUUGUGCCUGGAGCCACGUUGGCUCUAAUAUCCCUAGCGAAUUGAUGUUGAUCAUCUGUUGUUGUCUGCUUGAUUUACAACAGGGUCUCGUUAGAUUUAACAGAUCAUGCAUCAAGGUAAUGAGUUCAUGUUUUCAUAUGUUUUUGUGCCUUGUAUUGGACACCAAGUCUACUUUGCGCAUUUGUGUAAGAUAGACUAUUGCACAACACCCAAAGCUAUUCCUAUUAAUUAUUCUGGAUAUAAUGACAACAAAUUACAUAGCCUAGUGGGCUUAUUCACAAUAUGAUCUGGUAAUGAAAAUAACAUGACAAAUACAUUUUGUUUUCCAUGUUACACCUGCAAUUUUAAACAAUACGAUUUCCUCAAUUUGGUGCUUGAAAAGUCCUUGUAAUUAUUGUAGCCAAUUUAUAAGUUCUCCUGCUCCCUUAUAAUUUUCCGUGAUUACAUUUUUGAUCCGUUUUUGUGAGAGAUGUGGCCACUUUCGUUUGUUUCCAGCCGCUUCAAUUGAAGGGUGUUGACCUACUCUGUUGCGGUAAAACCACCUGCGGUUAUUAUGAGGACAACAACAUCUAAUGCUGGCUUCAACUUGGCUUUCCAUACAAAUUCUUCCAUUAAAAAAGGAGCCUGGUUUUUGGUCACUUUCUCAUUAAAAACAGCAAUGGGUGGGAUUCAAAUGGUGAGAUUAAUGCUACCGCUAUUCAUGGUUUUAUUAUGUGUGCUUGCGUCGGCCACAUAGGCUACAGAAAAAUCGCCACGCAUGCAUCCAAUCUAGUCAGGCAAUGUCCACAUUAUUCUCACAUAUUUUAGAAUGUAAUAAUAAUUUCAGUAUCAAUGCAUUGGCAAGGCCUAAAAAGAAUAUGUUUUCUUAAAGUGGUAAGGGCCAUCUUUUUUAAAAACACUUUUUGCAUGCUUUUGGGGGGAGAGGGCCCUAUAUGUACAAUUAUAUAAAUUAUACAAUUGUGUAACAUUGAGGUCCAAUUAAGUGCUUGAAAAAGUCCCUGAAAGUCAUUGGAUUUGACUUGCCAAUGUCUGUAUGAACCCUGCUUAAAGGAUGUAUAGUCCUAGGCCUAUGUUGCAGAAUUGGUGGAGUUAUGGGUCAAUUUGCAUAUAUUCACUUUUAUACCACUAAGUACACAUGUGGAACUGCACGAAAAUAAUUUUUAUUUUUGUUUCAAACCAUUUUGAAAUGUUGAUCCCAAUGUCAUAUAUUGGCCCAAUUAUUUAUAGAAAGACCCAUAAACAGAUCUGGGACCAGGCUAUGUUCUCUCUCCAGAUCCACACACAGUGAAACGAGAGGAUGCAGGGUGGAUGCAGCUUGGUCUGGCAGUAUGGUCAGCUACAUGCUGCUCCCUCCAGCCCAUGUAAUUACCCAGCUAUAUGACUGAGUGGCCAGGAUGUGAAUGCCAAUUGAGACUACAAAAGCCAGCAGUUGGUAGUAUGGUUUUUGCUUUGUAUAGCAGACCUAGCUACAGUCAGACCUACUACACUCAUUCACAGAAGGAAUACAACACAAAUGAUAAACAAAUAUUAGAUAUUGUAUAUUGAUAGUGUAUGACAAAUUCCAUUUUGUAGUUGUGUCACGGAUUCUGCCGAGGCUGCCCCUCCUCCUUGCUCGGGCAGGCUUCGGCGUUCGUCAUCACCGGAGUACUAGUUGCUGCCGAUCUAUGUUCUAUGUUUCUAUGUUCUACCUGUUGUUGUCUGAUUGUCACACACCUGUUUCCCAUCGUGCAAUUACUCCUUCCCUAUUUAACCCGGUGGCUCCCAUUGUGUUUGUGCGUGUUUGUUAUUUCGUUUCCUGUGUCGUUUGGUGAGCAGGUUUACUCCACCCUGUGUGGAGGUAUUUGUAUUUGUUUCUUUACUUGUUAGUAAAGUACGUUUUCAUUGAGUUCUGUGUCCUGCGCCUGACUUCGAUCCACUGCAUUACACUGACACUCGUGACAAGUUGAUAUGUGACAUAUUUGGUAAUGUGAAUUUGAAGAGUUUAUUUACAAAACGCUAUAUCCACCAAUUUUUCACAUUUGUGUUUUUUCACCAGGGAUUAUUGCUUAUGGGUACCUUCAUGUGUGUAUAAAAUAUUACUGUUCUCAAAUUUUAAUUUAAUAGAUUUUAGGUGUGUAUUAAAAGUAGUUUGUGUUGCAUUGUUUAGCUGGAAUGGAGUGUCAUGCCUCCCUUGGAGGUCUGGAGAUUUUUGUAUUGCAAAAAUGGUUUGAUUUGGAUUCGAUGUUACAUUUCACGAACCAUCCCCCCACACGCCCGGAGAAGGGGUGCUGUGUGUUAUGUGCGUCACUGUUUUCCGUCCGUGAAGUUGUUGCCUAUGCUAGUUUGAAGUGCUAGUUGUGAAGUUAUCAGCCAGCGAUUUAUAUUUAUUGAAAGUGGAUUACGCUGGUAAAGUCAAACGUCACAACACGUUCGAAAACCACUCUGGUGACAAACACACUUUUUUCCUGGUCUCCAUUCGUCCACAUGGCUGCUGGCUGAGCUUUGCUACCAUCAAAAAUAUCAUGAAUAUUGCCCACUAUUCUCUUUUGUAAGGACCCAAAAAACAGAGGCAGUCGGAGAAACUAUUCAAGUAA